GUUGAUAUACAAAGUAGGUGCUGGAUCACUCUUUUACUUAAGGACGAUGGAUUCCGAGGAGACUUCCAUAGAUAGAAUCAAAGAAACAGGCACACAAGAAUCAGAUGAUCCUGCUACACAAUGGUCCAAGAGUCAGAUGACUGUGUUAAUCCUAUGUUGUUUAUUCUUUAUCAAGGUUAUAUUACCGUUUAUUUCAUUGGUGUUGUUGUUUUCUUCGGCAAUGUUGGUGAUGCUGGCUGCUUCAAUAGUCUUUGUCAGACUGCCAAAAUAUGAAGAAGCACAUAUAAGGACUCAGUUCCCAAGGUUUAAGUUUACUCGCACUGAACAUUGGAACAAGGAGAUCGAAUUGAUAACUGCACAAGCAGGUUUUGAUGAUGACUCGAGUCGUUCAAAGUUCCAUCAAUCCUUGGAUCCCCUUGUGAACUACAUCACUAAAGAUUUCAUCAGCUCCUGGUUCGAGUCUGUGUCCAAUGAUGAUACAUUUCCCUCUGAAGUGAGGUCCCAAUUGAAAUACACAUUCAGUAAAUUGGAAGCUCGGGCGACUAAGGUUGAUUGGUCCACCUUCCUGGUCGUUAUCAUUACACCCCUCUUGACACGCCAUUAUAGCAACUAUCAUUGUGCAGAGGAUAACGUGCUGUCUGAUACGAUCCAGUUAGGAUCGCGUGAUCUUAACAUUCUCAUUGCCAAAGAAUACAACAACAUCUCAAAAUUGAGUCAGUUCAUAUCUUUUACUUCAUUUGACAAUGAUCAUGAAAAGAAACUGUAUGCACGUGACAGGGUGAUGAAGAUUUCACAAUAUAUACUGCCCUCGAGUGAGCUUGGAUCAGACCCUGUUCGAGUGCUAAUACGUGAAAUCUUAACCAAUGCUGUUUUCUGUCCUGUAUUGAACAUACUCUCAGAUUCAGACUUCUGGAAUCAAACAAUUGUGAAAGUUGUAUCAUCCACGUUACAGGAUCGAACCAAGGUACGUGAAGUACGUGAUGCUAUUGAUAAACAGUACAACAGUCCACAUACCAUCAAACCGAAACAGGCAUACAAAGGACCCCUAUUUCAACAAAGGGUUAAACCGGAUAUGACCAGCUCAGAGUUUCACCGAUACAUGAAACUUAUUGAGAAAACUGACUCACUGUCCUCUCUCCAACAACUCAAGUACUAUAAUGCAGUCCAGAUUAGUCGUACUCACAUGAUUCAAUCAAACUCACCAAAAUUUCUCAAGUAUAAAAAGAGACUGGAUAUUGUCAAAGUAACAGUUGACAAAAUGAUCGAAACUCUUGAUGCUUGCUCGAAGGAUGGUGAUACUCGGAAAUCAACAUUACAACAGUAUGAUCUGGACUCCUUUAUCAGUAAACUCUCGCUGUUCCAGAUACUUAGUAAUCCAACCUCACUAUCGUUCUUUAUGGAGUUUAUCGAGCAGCGGUCGAGGUCAGUGUUAUUACAAUACUGGAUUGCCGUUAAUAGUAUUAGGGACCCCUUGGAAGAUCCAAGGAAUGCUGAUUAUGAAGAAGAAUUAUCCUCAUCUGUUGACAUGUGCGGCGAGGAAGAUAUCAAAACUAUCUUUACAAGGUUUUUCUCUGACAAGUUAUUAAGAAUCAAGCCUGAUAUCUUCAACGAAGUUGAAGCUUUUGUUAAUGGGAAUGAAAGAAGUCUCGAGACUUACGUCAAAGUUCGGAAGAUUAUCCUUAUGCUUCAGUUAGAAGUCUUUCACAGAAUGGAGGAACGAGACCUUCCAGACUUUAAGGGAUCAGAGCUCUUUUUGAAAUUACUUACCAACGAAAGCUUCGAACAGAGCUUAGUGAACGAGGUUGAUGCACCACAUGAUGACAUUACUGAGCACGAUAUUUUGGUACCGAAUUCCGAUGAAGAUGAAAGAUCUCUAUUGGAAUUGGAGAAUGCAUUGACAGACAUUUUGAGCAAGCCUGGCGAAGGAUCAAUAUUCUCAAGCUCUUCCAACGAUGAUUCAAGAAACCAACAGGAUCUCAAAUCGGAUCUGUUUGGUGAUCAAAGUAAUGGGUUUCUAUCCGAAAAGCCUCUGUUCAAUGACGAAGACGAUGUUGACUCAACAGCUGACCUUGAAUCGCAGACCGACUUGAGGGUUGAUCCCCAGUUCUUCUCUGUAUCGCAUGAUGCUCUCAAUCUGAAGGAAGAGAUAUCGAGGCUCGAAACUGAAAUUGAAAAGCUGAGGCAACAGAGUGAAAUGCUUGAUCCAUUAAUCUUGAAGUCCGAGUUGACUAACAAUGCCAAUGAGCUCAGAAUUUUAAGGAAGUCAAAGAUGAGUUUUGAUCAGGAGAUUGAUUCCAAAGAAUUGAUGAAGCAACAACUCAUUGUACAGGAAAAUGAAAACAGUCUUUACGGUAGAACUAAAGUUCGCAUCAAAUCAUGGGUAAAGUCGCAUGACAAUGGUCGUGAUUACGUUCUCUAUAUCAUUGAAGUAGAGAGAGAUCAUACAUUGGAGGGAAAGCCAGCAACAUCGUGGAUGAUUGCCAGAAGGUUCAACCAAUUUUACCAAAUGAAUGAAGCUCUAAAACGAGAAUAUCCAGAAAUUGAAGCUAUAACAUUUCCUAAGAAGAAGAUAGUUCUGAAAUUUCAACAGAGAUCUGUGCUUGAAGAAAGAAAGAAACAGCUGGAGGAGUAUAUUACACGGCUAUUAGAGAACCCAAAGGUUUGUCAAAAUAAGGAAUUCAGAAAGUUUUUAACCAAUGACGACUACAACCUUUCAAAUGAGAUGGAUUCUGGCAUCUCAACUCCUGCUAAGGCCGUGGUUGAUGCUGCAAAUACAAGGUCGUCCAGUUUCACAAACAUCGCUGCAGAGGCAUCCUUCAUCAAUGAUACAGAACAGACUGACGAUCUAAGAAGAGAACUGGAAACCUUUGAGUCUGACCGUACUCGAGGAAAAUCAUUUUUGAAACCCAUUGUUGAACUGUUCAUUGCGUUAUUUCCCAUGAACAGCACAAACUCAUGGCUUCGAGGACGUGCAAUAAUUGUCAUCCUACAAAAGCUUUUGGGCAACACAAUAGAGAAGUAUAUCAAGGAUCAAAUAGUAGCAUUGACAAGUGAAGAAAAAUUGAUAGAACUGAGCUCUUUGCUCACAGAUACCCUUUGGCCCUCUGGCGAGUUCAUGAAAAGCGGCGAAGUCCGCACAACGAUUGACAAACACCGUACUAAGAGAGAGGCCAAACAUUUAUUGGAAACAUUGACUGUUGACACUUUAUCAACAUUUGUGGGCCAAAGCAGCUCCAAAACUGCUGCUGGAAGAAUCUACGGAAUGUUGCAGAACGAUCUCUUGAACCUUUCACUUACGUACGAUAUUCUGGAUAAGACCUUUGAGGCAUUGUUCCCUGAGCUCAACCUCACUGAGACUUGAGUAUUGAAUAAUCUACUGCAAGUGAACUAACAAAAAGACAUCAAUGGAAGAAAUAAAAAGACAUGUUUAAUUUAAUUGAAAUAAGCAACGUAGUGUCCG